GGGAGAUGCAAAUCUGAGGAAGUAAUGAUGGACCACAGCGACUGAAGCAGACUUGGCAGACGGCAGCAGAGGGACCCGCGCCUCUCCGAAGGAGGAGCAGGGGAGUCUUUAGGCCCUCCCACCGGCUAUAAACCCUGAGGCAGACGGAAACACUCAGACAGCAGGCACACGUGGAGCACAGCGGCAAAGAGAGAGAAGGAAACAAACUGCUGCCAUAGGUGGUGAGUCAUUUUUGUAGUGGGGACUGAAGCAGCCAAACUGAGCCAAGUCCACUUCGAGGUCGGUUGAAGCAACUCGAGACAUGAGUGGAGUCUUCAGCAUGCCAUUAGAACUCAACUUUCUUCCAGAGGAUUUAACUCAUUGACUGAAUGGUUCUUGGGAUGUGAAGAGAGGAAGAGGAUCCCGGAACCUGCAGCCACCUGUUGCAGUGCAGUUUUAGCAUCAAUCGGCAGUCAAGCCAUUGCAAGGGACAAGUUAAAAAAACUAAAUAAUUUCACCCAUAACUUAGCUGGUUGACACCAUUUAGCCAAUCAGCCAUCUAUCGAAUAGCUGUCAAAGAGAGACUUUGAGGAAUUGACUUGUGGCAUUAAAGAUGACUUUCGCAAUGCUGCGCACGGCGUCUCCUGCGGGCCGUUUCUUAUACGGCGACAUUGCUCUCCUCUCCGAGGAUGAUGAUGAGAAUGGCAGUGAAGGCUCCGGCUCAGAGGAGCGCUCCAGCAAUUCUGCGGCCUUCCGCCUGUCCUCCUCGUCCCCCUCUGCCUUUCACAUCAAGAUGAGCAGGAAGAGAAAGCUUUGCAUGGGAGGAGCAGGUACAGCAGCCGUUGAGGCUGUCCUCGGGAGGCUGGGACCCCCGGGUUCAUCCCCCCCGCCUGAAAUCCGUCAGAGGACAGCGGCUAAUGCUCGCGAGCGGGAUCGAACCAAUUCUGUCAACACCGCAUUCACGGCGCUACGUACGCUCAUCCCCACUGAGCCUGCCGACAGGAAACUGUCAAAGAUCGAGACGCUUCGCUUGGCCAGCAGCUACAUCAGUCAUCUGGGGAACGUUUUGCUCCUGGGUGAGGGGCUUCAUGACGGACAGCCCUGCCACGCCCCAUCGCCGCCGUUCUUCCACGUCAACUCCUCCCCGAAUCGAGGAUCCGACCAAUCGGGCCAGCCCAAGCACAUCUGUACGUUCUGCCUCAGCAACCAAAGAAAAAUGAACAAAGACAGAGACAGGAAGACGGCCAUCCGAAGUUAACGACCGAAUGGAGAAAAGGCCGACACACAGCCGACGCUCUCAGUGAUUUAUUGUUUUUGAAUACAGUAACUUGAAGACUCAUUAGAUGUGCCAUACGUUUCUGAGACUUAUCUUCAAGUACUACAGCACUUCUGAUCAGACUUUCUUCAAGUUUUCAAAACAUGUCUUUGCAAAAAUUUUUUUUUUCCACAGUGCUCUUAAGGAACAUUUUAAGUAUUUUCAUUUUGGAAAAACAGCUUUUCAAGACUCUCUGUGACAUGCAUAUACUGUAAAAGCCACAAAGACCUUUUAAUUAUGGGGGUUUAUUACUGUAGUCGCAGAGUGUAAAGAGCACUUGGCACAUGAUAAAAAAAAAACCCACAAAAACUCAUGAAAGACAAAUUUGUAUUCAUCAAAAGCUGUGUAAACUGUAAUAUAAAUGUAUAUUUAUGUAACAAAACAUUAUAUAUGAAACUACGUUAUUUAACAGGCAUAU